CACGAUUUGAUCGUGUAUUUUCAAAGCCCUGACUAAAAUAAAACUCUACACUCCCACCAAAAACUCAGGAUCCAACCCAGGUUGCUGCUUCGCUAUCAUUCCACACGAGUUAACGAUGUUAAUUUAAUACUAUCAUUAUUUCUUCCCAUCAGCAGGAACAUUAUAUUUAAUACCACGUGUAUGGAUCACGCUCACUAGUAAUACGAAACUUGUUUAAAGUAAAUUUAGCACAAUCAGUGAAUCCAUGUUUUAAUAACAUCUGAAACAUAAUAUUUUUAUAUACACUACCAGUCAAAAAUUUACACACAUACUCAUUCUUUAUUUCUCCACGUUUUAUAUUAAUAAUAAAAUCAUCAAAACUAGGGAAGAACACAAAUUUAACUAUGGGAAUUAUGUUUUGAUUAAAAAAAAAUCCAAAUUAAAUCAAAAGAAUUUAAUAUUUUAGCAUCUUCAAAGUAGACGCCCUUUUUGCCUCGGAUUUCCAGAAAUGUAUUCUUGGCAUUUUCUCAACCGAUUUCUUGAGGAAUUGCCCUGAGAUGCUUUUUAAACAGUAUUAAAGGAGUUCCCGUCUACGCUGGACAAUUAUUGGCUGCUAUUCGGGAAUAUUUCACUCCGAGUCGUCCGUUUAGAUAAAAUUUUUUUUGUAAAUAAAAUGUUAGUUUUCUAAUGAAAGAAAUGAAUACGUUAGAAAUGAAACACAGAUUUCAAUUAUUUAAUCAUAAACCUUCAGAUCAAAAGGUUUUUAAGAUCAUGAGAAAGAUUUCAGGCAAGUGUCUCCAAACAUUUUGACCGGUAGUUGUAUGACUGUGUGUGUGUAUGUGUGUGUUUUCGUUCUAUUAAAUCUGACCUCUGAAGUAUUCCCUUUUUUUCCCCCCAGUGUAGUCUAUUGUCAGCGUGUAAGCUGAUUUAAAUCGAUUGCAUUUGCAGUUUAGAUUUAUAAACGCUAAAUAUACUGUGGCGUAAACUUCUGACGUGAACUGUGCGUGAUUUGUUUUGUUUUUUUCACGGUUGGGAAAAUGUUGACGCUCCCUUGAGCAGUCCUCCUGCUUUCCUACACCCAGGGGGAGGUCUGGACACGGACAGGGGGAGACACCGGUUUACGACGUCAAAGCAAAGGGCUACACAGACUCUGAGCCCAGACACUGGGUAGCCGCCAAGCUUUCCUACAUCUCUGUUACACGCGUUUGGGUUUGUUUGUUUGGGGUUGUUUUUUUUUGUUUUUGUUUUUUUGUUUUUGUUUUUUUUGGACUCUUCGUGUUAGGGAUCGGGAUUUUGAGCGUCUUGGUGUGGGUGGAUUAUCAUCCUGCCGAAGCUUUCUUCUUCUGUCAGGAGUGAAAGCGUGGAGAGACGCGAAUCAGGACGGACUAGAGGCUUUUCGAAGGGACGCUUUGGGAAGCGCCGGACCUUGUAAAAGAAGAAGAAGAAGAAGAAGCAGAGUCGCCGCUGUCCCCAAUGAAGGAGCCGGACGCCAUCAAGCUCUUCGUCGGCCAGAUCCCUCGCAAUCUGGAGGAGAAGGACCUCAAACCUAUCUUCGAGCAGUUUGGCAAGAUCUACGAACUGACUGUGAUCAAGGACAAGUACACGGGCAUGCACAAAGGAUGCGCGUUCUUGACGUACUGUGCCAGAGAGUCCGCACUGAAAGCCCAAAAUGCGUUACACGAGCAGAAGACAUUGCCAGGGAUGAACCGACCCAUUCAGGUGAAGCCAGCAGACAGCGAGGGCCGUGGAGACAGGAAGCUGUUUGUGGGAAUGCUGGGGAAGCAGCAGUCGGACACCGACGUGAGAAAGAUGUUUGAGCCGUUCGGGAGUAUAGAGGAGUGUACUGUGCUCAGAGGACCAGACGGAGCCAGCAAAGGUUGUGCGUUUGUGAAAUACCAGAGCAACGCAGAGGCCCAAGCGGCCAUUAACGCUCUUCAUGGCAGCCGCACUCUGCCGGGAGCCUCUUCCAGUCUUGUGGUGAAGUUUGCAGACACAGAGAAGGAGCGAGGCAUCAGGCGCAUGCAGCAGGUUGCCUCUCAGCUGGGCGUCAUCAGCCCCAUGAGCCUCCACCUGGGGGCCUACAACGCUUACACACAGGCUCUGGUCCAGCAACAGGCUUUGGUGGCUCAGUCGGCCUAUCUGUCUCCCGUAGCGACGGUUGCUGCGGUGCAGAUGCAGCAGUUGGCUGCUCUUAACCCAAGCAGCAUCAUAGCGACGCCCAUCGCGUCAAUCACCCCAUCCUCAGGUGCGAGCACACCUCCUGCUAUUGCCGCCACACCAGUGCCUACUCUUCCACCAAUUGCAGUCAACAGUUACUCGGCUGUGCCUGCCCCACCCAGCGGGCAAUCAGCCUCUGAAACACUGUACACCAACGGCGUCCACCAAUAUCAAGCUCAGAGCCCUGCCUUGGAUCCUCUUCAGCAGGCGUACACUGGAAUGCAGCAUUACACUGCCACAUAUCCUGCUGCGUAUGGUUUGGUUGGUCAGCCGUUCCCACAUCAGCCCACGCUAGUUGCUCAGCAAACCCAACAGCCUCAGCAGCUGCAGCAGCGAGAAGGUCCAGAGGGAUGUAAUAUCUUCAUCUAUCACCUGCCACAGGAGUUCACCGAUUCUGAGAUGCUGCAGAUGUUUCUGCCCUUCGGCAACGUCAUCUCAGCCAAGGUUUUCGUCGACCGCGCAACCAAUCAGAGCAAAUGCUUCGGUUUUGUAAGCUUCGACAACCCCGCCAGCGCUCAGACUGCCAUCCAGGCCAUGAAUGGAUUUCAGAUUGGCAUGAAAAGACUGAAAGUGCAACUGAAAAGGCCCAAAGAUGCCAACCGCCCAUACUAACAUGGCCAGGUGAGAGAGAGUGAGAGAGACAGAAAAAGAGACGGGGGGUUGAAAGAGCAUCAGUGCAGGCAGUUCUGACUUAUUAGACCAGAAGUACUGUAUCUUAACGAUAGAGUGAACAUGAUUACAGAAUAAAACGGGCUCUCGGCCUCCAUGAUGAUUUGAACUAAACGUAUCACGAUGAGGAACAGGUUCUCAAAGCAGUUCUAGACUGAUGUUUAGACUACACAGUGUAUUUGAAGGGAAUGUAUUAUGAACUGAGUGUAAUGUGUUUAGACAUGCUUUGAAGAAAUGCUUUAAAGUGAACAAGACAAUAAUCAGUUGAUUAAUUUUUACUUUUCAUUUAUUUUUUUUGUUUUUGUGCUGUGUCAUCGCUCAUUCUCCUGAAAUCAAUCAAUCAAACAAACAAACAAACAAACCUCAUCCCCACCCAAGGCUGCCCUGGCCAAUCAUAACUCGUGCGGAGACUACGUCGCUAUGGCUGCGGUGGCCAUAGCAACCAAUAAAGCUUCCCCCUUCCUGUCACAGCGGUUGUUGUAAGUUGAUUGGCCUGUGUUGGUUGCUGUGGCAAUAUUCCUGCCUGUGAUGGUUGCCGUUAGCAGUUUUGUUAUUGUUUAUCUUUUUUUUCUCCUUUUCUUAUCUUUUUUUUUUGGCCCUCUUGUCUUCUAUCCUCCAUGCUGAGAGUGCAUGGCGGGUUACUGUGGUGAAAAUGGAGUGUGUUUGGUGCGUUGUGCCUUUCUCUUUUUUUGUUUUGUUUUGUUUUGUUUUGUAAAUACUGAUCAAUGACACUAAACUUUGAGUUAACGUCCUGUAACUGUAAUCAGCCAUUGCAGCAAAUCAAAGUCAUUCAAAGCUAUUAAGUACUUAAUCAGCCAUUUUUUGAAUGCCCUAGUGUUUUGGGUGGAUUUUGUUUUUGAUCAGUCUCCUCUGUGUUUUUGUUUGGUCAUGAUUAUUAUCUCUUUACAGCUCCUCCCAUAAUGUAGUCUGGUGGUGUUUUAGUUUUUGUGAACGUGGGGGAUUCAGUGUGUAUUCGAUGACAGGAAAGUUUGUGCUAGUGGGUAUGGUGUUUUGUCUAAUGAGUGAAAGAAUGAAUUAAUUGUGUGUGUGUGUGUGUGUGUGUGUGUGUGUGUGUGUGUUCAGAAAGAGAAAACGAGAGAAUGCUGGAACAAUUCAUUCACUAUCUCUCAAACCUCUUGCGUGAGGCUUGAGGUGACAGCAUUGUGCUGAUCGAUGAGCAGCAUUUCCCUGUAGGAAUUCUGGGUUUUGUAGAAGUGUACAAUAAAAUACAUCAUUAAUUAAAAAAAUACAACUGUGUAUAUAUGUAUGUGUAUGUAUGUGUGUAUAUGUAUGU